UGAGCAAGUAGGGAGAGAUCUGUUCAUUGACGGACUCCGCAGUCGAAUGAUAAGGGCUACGUUGCGAAAGCAAUUUCCCCCCAUCACUCAUACGCUACAACAAAUUAUGGCUGUUGUGGAAGAAAUGGAACGGAAGUUCACGGCGAACUUCCUGGAAGGAGAAGACUUCCCUAGAGACGGAGACUCGACCGAGCUCGCACGAGCAAGAGCAGAACUGGCUGCUUUGCAGAACAAAUUUGAAAACAUGGGAUUUGUAUCAGGACCUGUCAUCUAUAUGGAACAGAUAGGCCCCAAACGAGUAAUCCUAAGCGAGACUCCGAGCAUCUCUGCUCCUAUGAUGCCCCCGCCCGUCAGGGCGUUACCCCCGCCACCAGCUGAGGCUCCCGCGCGAACAAACGAAUCAGUGGCCAUUUUUGAACUAACCAAAACCUUGAUUGGUUUGAUCAAAGAAAGCAAAAAGGAGCAGCGAGAGCACAAUGCUCGGCUAGAAGCCAUGAUGAGGAACAUGCGACCCAUUGCGGGAAUGAUCAACUUCUGCGUGAUCGUGUACAUGGACGACAUCCUGGUCUAUUCGGAGACCUAUCACGGACACGCUCAACACAUCGAAUGGACAUUGGGAUUACUGAGAGACGCUGGGUUCAAGAUUGCGCUUGAGAAGAGCGAAUUUUUCCUCUCGGAAAUUUCGUUCCUGUGCUAUGUCGUGACGCGUGGAGGAUUGCGGCCAGACUCGAGAAAAGUUGCGGCGGUGAAGGAAGCUUCGGUUCCCACGUCACUGACGCAGGUUCGAGCCUUCUUGGGAUUGGCGUCGUACUACCGGCGCUUCAUCAAGGGCUCUGUCGCGAUUGCACGACCACUAACGAAUCUGUUACGGAAGGACCAGCCUCUCAGCUGCGACGCGGAGUGCCAGCAGGCCUUUGCAACCCUCAAGGACGCUCUGGCAACGGCUCCUAUUUUGACUCGACCAGACCCCUCGAAGCAGUUCAUUCUCAUCACGGACUGGCAACCGGAAGCUAUUUCCGCUAUUUUAGCACAGAAGGGGAACGAUGGUCGUGAACACAUCAUCGAGUACGCGUCACGAACCGUACCGAACGAACGAAGAAACGACUCCACACCUCAGGUGGUCGGCUUGUGUAGAGGGAGCCGCAGAGCGCAUCCCGCCGUCACAACAACAAUAUUGGACCCCCGGACGGUUCGCGAUCCUGCCUUCUUCAGGCAUCCUACGGGGGAGCAGCUUGCGACCAUUCGAGAAGAAGAGGAGGAGGAAGAGAGUGACGAAGAUGAAGGCGGGCUGGAAGAAGGCAGGGAUAGCGAUGAAGAGCUCGGGGAAGAAGACGAAACCCCCGAAGAGGGAAGCUAUAGUGAGCAUAGCGAGGGGAACAGAGCGAAGAAGAAGAGGACGAGGAAGGAGAAGAGGAGCACGACGAAGAGCCUACUGGAUCGGGGUGGGAAGCCGUGCCAGAAGAAGCGCUACGUUCGGGUACGGAAGCAGAAGAUCUCGAGGCGGCCCGCAAAAGAGAAGAGAUCGUGGCCGGGAAGGAGUUAGAGCUCGCAAGCGCGGCGAGU